CCGUCAACCAGUCUCCGUGUCAAGACGGCGGCGAUCGACGCGUCUAAGCAACUCACCGGAUGCCGCAUGCGCGCGUGCAUCUCCCUAUAAGUAGACGCUCGAUGACGCUGUUUCCACUCCAUCCCGUUCUGUCCAGUCCUAGCUAGUUCCUCCUUCCUCCUCUCCUGAUCUUGAUUGGUAUCUGUUAGUUGCGUCAGAACUCAGAGGAACAGAGCAUCGUUCUGCGGAGUCUUUGCUAGCUCUUCCAGCAACCCGACCAUGAGCUACCAGCAGGGCUACCCACCGCCGGGCACUGCAGCAGCUUACCCUCCGCCGGGCCAGCAGCAGCAGGCCUACGUCGCGCCACCGCCGUCCACCUACCCGCAGGACCAGCAGUACCCUCCCGCCGGCGCUGGCGCCGACACCACCAGCCGCGGCGGACACGGCCACGGCGGCGAUGGCUUCUUGAAAGGAUGCUGCGCGGCGCUGUGCUGCUGCUGCCUCCUCGACGCCUGCUUCUGAUCGACUUCGUCCCAUGUUGUUCCACCGGCACGAUCAGGCGCCGCAUGUAGAGUGCAUUUUGCUUCUUUUUUGUGUGCGGUUGACGUGCUGAGUACUAGUCCCAGAGCACGAUUUUCUCGUGUGUCAUGUGUGCGUUGUUUUGUUUCCAUUCGUAUGACUCAGAUAGAUAUAUACAUGUGAGAUGCAUCUAGUGGCCUUAUUCAAUGCCAUAUUCUCUUGGUGUUAUUCACCUUGUUGGCUGUGCUGACUGAAUUAUUCACAGAUCGAAUAAUUUCAUGAUACUUGUAGUGAACUGGGUGCAGUUAACAUGAUGUUGCAAUGUUGUUGAUCCAUCUGAAUCGUACACUAAUUUCACAAAUCUCCAAAAAUGGGUGCUCGGUUUCAGUCUCGCCGACAACCGAAACCUGAAUCGUACAACUACUAUAAAAAAACCAGGAGGUCUGGUUUCAAACACCAGCAGCCAGGCAAACAAAGCAUACCUUGACAGCGAAUGUUGUUUCUUAGUAAGAGCAAACCAAACUUCUCCAGCACACCGGCCGCCAUAUCUACUCUCCUGGAUAUAUACAGGAGGUGGCUAAGCCCAUUCAUAUGCUGAGAACACAAAAAAUGCACCACGCUCAGGAAGUUUGAUCUCUCUGAUAACCAAAUAAAACACAAUAAUUGCAAUGUCGAUUUUUAUAACUACAACGAACAGCUAGCCAAUGAUGCAGGUCAAAGGGCAAGAUGAAUAAAGGAGGCAUAAUUCACACUCUGACAAGUAGACUUGCUACUUGCACCAUCAGUUUCUAACACCGCAGGUUCACCGUUCACAUCGCCAAGAAAGAUACAGGCAUACUGAAAAUUGUACAGAUCCAAGCAAGGCUGCCUACAAAUCACAUUCAGUGAACGAAAUCAUGUAGCACAACAUACAUAUUCCUGAGUUCAGGCGCACUGGACCAGUCCUUUAAGGCAAACAGCCCCCAAAGUACGGAGAAUGCCAACCAGUGUAUCCAUUUCAUCACCAAGUGCUC